AUGAAGAUCUGGCUAUCUCGGGUUAUACCGGGUUAUAUCGGGCUAUGCCGGGUUAUCUCGGGUUAUAUCGGGUUAUCUUUUUAUUUUAGUCUAUUUUACAACGUAAAUGCAUCUUAUGUAGCACCCUUAUACUAUCCACAUACUAAAGAGGUGCAGGAAUUCUUGGAGUGCGUAUAUGCUAAGGGAGCAUAUUCUGGGGAUGAAGGAGACAGGUUAGAGAACAUAUUUAAUGCAAGCACAAUUGAAAUAGACCUAGUUAGUCUGCCUGGGGAAAUAAAAUUCAGUUUGUUACCCUUUCGGAACUGGCAAAAAAUUUGCAUAACCGGAUCAAAACAUGAAAAAACGGUAAAUAUUUUGGAUUUAACAACAAAUGACCUGAUUAUGAAGAAAUUAGAAAGUAUCCUUGUGAAUUUAGAAAGAAAUAUGAAUAUUCUGGAGAUAGAACUAAAAAACAUGCAUAUGUCCUAUAUUCCAUUGUCCUUAGAGAAUAUUCCAUCUUUAUCUGCACUUAAAUUCCAUAAUAUUUCUUACGCAUGGAAUGCAGAUCUGUCAAAACCCGGUAUAACCAAAACCCGAACCAGAUCCAUAAAUAUAUUUACAGCGAUCAGGUACAUUCAACCCCUGCAGUACCUCUCCUUUCACAGCUGCAAUAUUGCCGUAUAUGAUGACACCUCGGGUUAUGCCGGGUUAAAUCGGGCUAUAUCAGGUUAUUUCGGGUUAUUUAGGGUUAUCUCGGGUUAUACAGGGUUACAACCAGAUAAUCUGAAGACAGCAAAAUUCACAGAUACAGAUAUACAUUUCAUUAAUGAAUUCUUGUGGUACUAUAAUAUAACGGAAAGAAAUAACAAAAUUCACCUUAUAAUUAAUAAUCCCACAAGAUACAAUAAAAAUGCAUUCCUGGACCUAGAGGAAGUAUAUACAUCCGUAGAUGAAUUAUCCCUGUAUAACUUUAACAUGCUGUUUGUUAAUUCAGGUUAUCUUGGGGUAUAUCAGGCUAUUUCAGGUUCUGGGUUAAAUCGAGUUUUUAAAGCCUUCAGGCUAAUAAAUUCUGAUGAAAUUGAAGAGAUACACACAGAUUCCUAUGAAGAAAUAAAUGGCACAAUGGCAUUUUGGAGUGAAAUCCUGGAGAGUGCCAAUGAAGUAGAAAUAAGCAUAUAUUCCUUACCUGCCAUAAAGGAUAUUAUGCAUACUACUAUGCCUAAGCUAAUAAUAGUUGAUUUAUCACAGCAGACCCGGGUGCAAAUUAUUUCUGAAAGUAUUUCCAUGGUGUAUAUGGAAUUAUCCGUUAAUUUACCUGAAAGUACGUUAUUUUUAAUUUUUGAAAAUAAUUUUAUUAACGGUUUUAUUAAUAGAUGCACUUCUAUAUCGAUAUAUAUACAAGAAUAUUACGGUAAUAUAUCUGGCAUAUUUAAGGUUAUCAUGGGUAUAUAUACAGGAGAACUAAUUACUGUGCAAUUCAUGGAAGAGUCAUUUGUAUACAUGGAAUAUAUACGGGAUAUUCCUGAUAUUCAAAUUAUCCUUAGAAAUUUGCAGUCAGAUUAUUUUCAGGUUAAAUCAGGUUAUCUUGGGUUAAAUCGGGUUAUGCCUAGUCUAACUGUAUCUGAGAAUUCAAUUAAGAUAGGUUUUAGUAAGGAAUUAGACAAGGAAGAGGGCGAUGAAGGGGCAGUAGGGGAAGAAGAAGGGGAUGAUGAAUUCUUCACAGAUGAAGCAGAGAGUAAUUAUGUGUGA